AACUUUUCUGUAAACUUUCAUGCCUUUUGACGAGAUUUGCGUUUUGCUUCAUUUCCUUCUGUGUGUUUUGCUAAAUUUACAUUUAGGCAACACGGGAGCGUUUUUUUAUCAUUCAUAUUUAAAAUUGAAAGGAGAAUAAUAAUUAAAACGCAACACUGGAGUCGUCGGAUCUAGACAGGGACAAGCUGGCCUGCUACGGAUUAUCGUCAAGUUCCCUUAUGGAACAGACGACAUUCGGUGAAGUAAAUCAACUUGGAGGGGUGUUUGUCAACGGCCGCCCCUUGCCUAAUGCAAUCAGACUUAGAAUUAUAGAACUUGCCCAAAUGGGAGUUCGGCCAUGUGAUAUAUCCAGACAACUAAGAGUCUCUCAUGGAUGUGUUAGCAAAAUACUUGCCAGAUACAAUGAAACAGGCUCUAUACUUCCUGGAGCCAUUGGUGGCAGCAAGCCAAGAGUUACAACACCCAAUGUUGUUAAACAUAUAAAGAUAUACAAGGAGAGGGAUCCAGGGAUAUUUGCUUGGGAAAUAAGGGAUAAAUUGCUAGCGGAUGGAGUCUGUGACAAAUACAAUGUGCCCUCAGUGAGCUCAAUAAGUCGGAUUCUUAGAAACAAAAUUGGAGGGAGUACUUCACCUACCAGUCAAAGUCCAAACAUGGAAUCAAAGAACAUAAUGGGCCCACCACCACCAGGGCCGCUAUAUAACCCUCAGUUUCCAAUGUAUCAAUACUCGUGCCCUCCUCCCUCGAUGCCUUCGUGUGCUCCUCCACCAAUGCCAGCUCCUCAGCCAAGCUUCCCUCAAUUAAAUCAUCAAAUGAACAAUAAAUCACAGAUGUCAAAUUGUGUUACUCCUUGUAUGAUGCGAGCCUGGGCAUCAUCACACUCUGUGAAUGACAUUUUAGGAUUCAGGGCUCCAACCCAACCGAUGUCUCAAUCAGCACCCAUGCCUAUGCCCUGUGAACCUAUGAACAAUCCUCACCAAAUAAGCCAGAAUUAUAACAUGAACUAUUACGGAAUGAAACAAACAGUUCAACCUAUGUAUUUACAAAGCUGAAAAUAAUGAUACAGUAUUUUUUGUUAGAGACUGUAAGAAUGUUCAAUCCGUUUCUUAUAGUUAUAUAAACACUCACGGAUUCACUAUCCUAAAAGCCUUUUAUUUGUGAUCAAUUGUAGAGGACAUUACCAACUUGAGGCCACACGGGAAACAAUUGAAAAAGCUUAUCGAUGGUGAACAUUAAUUUCUUUGAAAAAUAAUAUGAGAAAUGGUUCCAACAGAUUGUGUAAGCAACAUUCGUGUUUUGUUUUGAAAUUCAACUAGAUGUCUCAAAAGAAAUUGUGAUCAUAAUUUAGGAUCUCAUAUACACGGGAAGUAUGUAAUUUGAAAUUCCAGGAUCAUAAAAAGAGUGAGUAGUGUUUAGAAUUACAACUAAAUGAACGCUAUAUUGUUACACAUAUCAAACAAUCAUGGCAGUGGUUAUCUCACAUCAAACGCGCCACAAAAGCAGUUACACCACAGUCUUUAGAUAGAUGGAUCAAAAGGAAAAUAUCAGUAAAAAGGCAAGGAAUUCUAAUCUACAACAGAGUGACUUUUUUAUACUUUCUCGUAUUCAUUCAUUGACCAGUGAAAUACAAUUCAUGCGAAAAUUUUAUUAUAAGAUUAUUUUGUCCAAAUAUCCCUUCCCAUUUCAUGUGAAGUAAAGUCGUGUUUAUAUCUAUUUUUGUCACAUACAGAGAGCUUAAGUUGAUCUACAUUAACUAGAAAUUCAAUGCCAGGCAGCAGUGUUAUAUCAGGUAUACAAAUGCAUCCCGUUGUAAGCAAACCGCACUUUUAACUAAUACAUAUUCUUAAAAAAAGAAUCUUAUCUUAAAAAUGCGUCGUUCAUUAUCAUUGCUAAAUCAAAUAUUGUAGACACUUUGAAUGUAUUUAUAUGAGUAUUAGAGCUUUUGUAUUUCCGCAUCAUUUUCAUCUGUGCCUUGCACAUCUAAUUUCAGUUUAUGUGCUGUUGUUUAAAAGUAAAAAAACAAUGCAUGUGUACAUUUUUUCACUUCAAUCCAUUAUAUGUAUCAUGUAUAAUCCAAGCUAUUAUUUGUGUCAAUGCAUAAUAUUUUAUCAACUGUAUUUUAUAGAGUUUAUGUCAGAAACUUAUGUCUAAAAGUUGUAUUAAAUACAGCAAGAUUAAAAUGUCAAUGAAAACGAG